AUGUCAUUGCCGUUCAGUACCCCGCCCUCUACGGCGACGGCCUCCCUCACACCAUUCAAGGCCAACAUUUCCAACGCCAAACUUGAUGAGCUCGAGACGUUGAUAAAGAUAGCGAAAUUCGCACCGCCCACCUACGAGAAUUCCCAAACAGACCAUCGCUAUGGUGUCUCUACAGACUGGCUAGUGACCAUGCGGGAUCAGUGGCUGAGGUCUUACAACUGGAAAUCCUCCGAGGAUCGAAUCAAUAGUUUCCCUCAGUAUACGACGGAGGUGGAAGGUCUUACAGUUCAUUUUGUAGGGUUAUUUUCGAAAAGGAAGGAUGGUGUUCCUCUGUUAUUGUUGCAUGGAUGGCCUGGGAGCUUCCUCGAGUUUUUGCCUAUACUACACAGGUUCCGAGAGGAGUACACGCCGGAAACCUUGCCUUAUCACCUGAUUGUGCCUUCGCUGCCAGGUUACGCAUUUUCUUCUGGACCCCCAUUGGAUACGAACUUUGGAACAGGUGACAUUGCUCGCGUGUUGGAUCAAUUAAUGAAAAACCUCGGCUUUGGAAGCGGAUAUAUUGCCCAGGGAGGUGACAUUGGAAGUCGGAUUGCCAGACACUUGGGCGCGGACCAUGAGAGCUGCAAAGUCAACGUGGUUUUCAUGAGAAAGCCAGACGGCAUGACGGACGACCACCUGAAUGCCUUUGAGAUAGAGGGCGUUAAGAGGAUGACGAACUUCGCGACUGCGGGCGCCGGCUAUGCGAUGGAGCAUGGCACUCGACCCAGCACCAUCGGACACGUCUUGUCAUCGAGCCCAAUCGCUCUACUAGCGUGGAUUGGAGAAAAAUUCCUGGAAUGGGCCGACGAUCCGCUUGCCCCGGAUGAUAUUUUGGAAUCUGUCACUUUGUACUGGCUUACGGAGACGUUCCCUCGAGCGAUCUAUACUUAUCGACAGAGCUAUCCUCCGCCACCGAUUCCAGCUUCCAAUGACCCCCGUUGGUAUAUACACAAGCCAUUUGGAUUUUCUUCUUUUCCGAUGGAGCUUGCUCGGCUGCCACGCUCGUGGAUUGAAACUACUGGAGACUUGGUAUUCUGGGAGCAGCACCAGAAGGGUGGUCAUUUCGCGGCACUAGAGCGGCCUGAUGAAUUGAAAGCGGACCUGGUCAAGUUCGUUGACCAGGUGUGGCCAGGCAUUACCGGAGCCGAAUAA